UUUGCCAAUUAUUAAGGUAUCAUCAGGCUGACGAGAACCAAUUAAGCAAUUUGAGUAGAAUAAACACACGGUAGCUAAGCGAGUUGAAUAGUUUCAGUAACUCAUCUCCAUUCCAUCCACUGGUCUGGUCGCUCAAAUGGCAUUAGAAACUCACAUUAAUUAAGCCGGUCAUCAUACCGAGCACCAGGGAAACCAUGCGAACGCUCCAUACAGCGACAGAUUAUCAUCAGCUCAUAAAUGCGAACCAUUGGAGAGUGGUGAAUCGAAAUUCUCAUACAUACAUAGAAGCAACAACACCGGGCCUUGCCAGGCUUACCGAAAAGGUAAUCCGAUAAUCCCGACGAAUACUUCGAACGAAGGUUUUGAUGCUGAACCUAAAAAAAAACAGUGCAAAAAACCAAUAAACAUGACCAACGAUGAAACGGAGAAAAACAGCGGAUAAAGAUGAGGAACAAAGCGAACAAACUCGAAAAAAAAUGAAAUAUCCCCACUAGAAUGCGUUUGAAGAAGCAAACGUACAACUCAAAAAAAUAUACGUGUAAAAUAGAAAGAGACAAAAAGUGCCGAAUAAGAUCAGGUUUUUAUUCCGUUUCCGCUUUGAUUGCAAUAUUUGUGUGCGAUUUUCUUUUUUGUUCGAAUGCAUUUCAAACUGCAUUCCAUCUCGGCUCAGUGUGCUGUUCCCGAAAAGUUGCAUUUGUUCCAUUUACUGCCGGUCGGUGAACCUGUGUGGAGCUGUUUUGCAGCUUGGCUUGCUUUGAUUGAGGUCCGGCAAAGUUGUUCUAACUUGUUGGGUAAAUUCAAAUUUAACCUGUGCGCGUAUUUCGUUCUAUUGCGAUUACCCCUAGCAACGUGUAGUGAACUAAGGUUGUUGAGGAGCUUAUUGAAAAUGGGCCUCGUAUCCAUGGUGUUCGUGUGGUCGAUGGUGAUUAUGAUCCGUUCGCAUCAGGCGAAUGCAUUCUUGGGAAAUACCGAUUUUAACUUUGAUACAGACAUCACAUUUCUCAUUUACGAUUGGUACGUACCUAUUUAUUUCGCGGCAAUGUAAUUAUUUCGACGAAAUAACCUCACUUUCUGGUGUUAUUUUCGGCAGGACACAAAGCAAAUUCUCGAAGCAAACGACCGCCGAGACAAACUUUGCUGCGUUUGGAUGUAAAACAACGGAUCCUUUUGUGGUUGUGUUGCACGGUUGGUCAGGAGGUUGCAGCAUCACGCAAUGGGUGCGAGAAACGCUUAACAAUUUUAUUAUCCACCGGAAAGGUUGUGUCCUCUGCCUGGACUACAGUGUCCUCUCGGACAAUAACGAUUACUUCACCGUGAUUAAGAUGGUGGAUUCGAUCGCACGCACACUGGAGAAGAAGUUGCGUCAGUUGAUCACGUUCGGUAUUCCAGCGGCCAAUGGAAUGCUGUAUGGGUUCAGUCUUGGAUCGCAGAUCGCUUUCCAGGCAGGACGUAAUCUUGCGCCCGCGAAAUUGGGACGAAUCGAUGCUUGCGAUCCUGCUGGUAUUGUGUUCGAUGUGAAUAGUACCUACACGUCACUGAGCAUCAUGGACGCUGCUACCGAGGUACAGUGUAUACACACCAGCAGUGACAUCGGUACGACACGCCGCGUCUGUCACAAGGACUGGCUGAUGGGUUACUGUGGCUGGUUACAGUUUGCGGCCGGCCUGACAAGCUCGCACGAACUGUGUCCAGUCUUUUACAAUGUCGCGUUCUGGUUUGACUUUAAGGCUGUUCCCAAUCCGUACUAUUGUCCCACAACGCGCGCCGUUAGUUCGUGGCCGAAUGGUUUCAAGAUGGGUUACUUCAUGCCUCAGGGAACCUCACUAAUUGGGGAUCUCUUUGCGAAAACUGCCACAAAAUAUCCGUACAACUAAACCUGUGCCAGGUGGAGUCUUUCGAUAACUGCAGUAAUGUGUAAUGUUUCAAGGAUAAAGUAAUAAACGAAACGGAAUAAAUAAUAAAUAUCGUAAGAUAAAUUUCGAAUG